AUGAAUUUCCAGAACAGCGCGGACUUGCAGCUACUUUCUGAUGAUCUCUCGGGCCUCAAAAAGGACGUUGAAACGUACUUGAUGAAGAUCCAUCCAUGGUUGCCAUUUCUUUCCAAAAGAAAGCUCUUGGGCCAGGUGUUGAGCCCUCUUGGUAACCAACGCCCUGACCAUGUUCUACUCUUGACUGCAAUCAAGCUGGUCAUAACAGCGCCUGGUGAUGAAUCACGCUCACCCGCCUACUACAGCAUCAAAUCUGCUCUUCUCAACGCGGAGCUGAAAGGUAUCUUGACCUUUAGGAUACUACAGGCGUUGGUUCUUGUGGCAAUUUAUGAGCUAGGACAAGCCAUCUAUCCCUCAGCCUAUCUUACAGUGGGCUAUUGUGCCAAAUAUGGGAUUGCUCUUGGAAUCAAUCAGACAAUAGAUCCAAAUUGCGGUCCCAGGUCUAGUUUGGUCGACUCAGAAGAAGAGAGAAGGACUUGGUGGGCUAUCAUACUUUUGGAUCGUCUCAUGAACCUUGGUUGUCCCGAAAGAGCCCCCGUAAUCGAAGAGCCCGAUGGUGCCAGCAUUCUUCCGAUGGAAGACCAAUUAUGGGAUAAAGGACAUAUUUUAUCGAGCCAGCCCCCAACUUUAUCAUCGCUCCCGACAGGAGCGAUGGGUCGUUUCGCCUUUACUGUCCAGGCAGCAUUCUUGCUUGGGAGAGUCCUGAGAAAUGGCCGAAUUCCGCUGGAUGAAAAUGGGUUCCAAGAGGAGGAAGCAAGAAUACUCGAUAAAGCCAUCCUCGCACUGACGCAAAUCUCACUGCAAGAGAGCCGACAACGAGGCAUGGGGCUUUGCAGCCCAACGACCAUCUGUCAUAGUGCUCGACUCAUUUUGAACGCCCAGAUGAUUUCUUGGAUUGAAAACCUGCCAAAUUCCUCCACGGAAAUGAAAUGUCUUUGGGAAAUACAACGCAGCAUAGCCUCGGAUAUGCUAGUUUUGGCGCAGACUCUGAACAGGACAGGAUUGUGUGGGAAGGAAGAAAGUUCACCCUUUUGCCUUGACGCCAUGUAUCGAGCUGCUAUGAUUUUUGGUCAAGUAUCCCAAGGUACGGCUACCGCUGAUGCGCAGAAAGCACUUGACGAUAUUGAAAGCGGCUUCAAAGUCAACAGCAGGCGUUGGAAGGCCGCAGGGAUCUAUGCGCAGCUUAUCCAGGCAAGGGCUAUUGCAGGUGUCUUAUAA